UUUACGCCCCAUUCAGCGAUGUGACGUUGUACAGGAACAUGGCGCUUUGUAGGAGAGGUGUUUGAUGAUAGUCAGGUCUACUGAUUAAUUUCCUUUACCUAGGUUCUUUCAAAUAACAUUAGGUUGCAUGCACUAAAGAUGAUAGGUCGUGAAAGGUGAUCGCUCCUUCUGUCUCCAUGGACAACGGAACACUACACUUGGCAGCGGUGUUUGCUGUCGUCAGCUGAAACUGUUAGCAUCAACAUGCUAGCUGAAGCUAAUUAGCUGGCUAACAGCAAGUCACCAAACCGAUAGAAAAUAUGCUUGUUUAUGUAGCCUACACUGACGUUAAGCUCAUUAUUAUCAAUGAUUAAAAAACUUUACUUAGCAUCAUAUCAGCCAUUUUUUGUUGAGAACGACGAUUCCGAUUAGCUAACAUUUCGUUAGCUAAGCUAGGAGGAUGGAGAGCCGCCAUGGAUAUGUUUUGUUGCUGGCCAGUGGGAUUUUUAUAUCGGCGUUUUGGCUGUCCGAAGGUGCCCCUGUUCAGUAUCCUCACACAUCAGGUGGAAACACAGGGGACACUGUGUCUGUGUCUCUGCCUCUGUCCCUGGUGGUGUCACUGACUGCUCUCGUGGCGUUGGUGGUGUUGCUAGUGAACUGUGUGACCUGCUGCAAGGAAAGGGAGAUCAACUUCAAGGAGUUUGAGGACCACUUUGAUGAUGAGAUCGACUUCACCCCACCGGCAGAGGACACGCCCUCUAUGCAGUACCCAGCCGAGGUUUACACCCUCGCUGUGUCCCCUGUGGCCCUGCCUGGACCCCCGCACCUCCAGCCUCCUGCCCACAUCACAGAGGGAUCCACAAGCUUCCAGGUGGCACGCCACAAUCUGAGUUAUAUCCAGGAGAUCGGCAAUGGCUGGUUUGGCCAGGUCCUACUGAGUGAAAUCUACACAGAUCCAGGUGGAGCCAGAGUGGUGGUGAAGGAGUUAAAAGCUAAUGCAAGUGCACAGGAGCAGAAUGACUUCCUGCAGCAGGGAGAUCCAUACAGAGUGCUGCAGCAUCCAAACAUCCUCCAGUGCGUCGGGCAGUGUGUUGAGGCCAUUCCCUUCCUGCUUGUCUUUGAGUACUGUGAAAUGGGGGACUUGCGGGGUUAUCUGUCUCAGCAGGAUUGGAUGUUCAGAAACACUGAGUUGCUGCAGCUGCAGAGGAUGGCCUGUGAAAUUGCUGCUGGCGUCACUCACCUUCACAAACACAACUUCCUGCACAGUGAUUUGGCUCUGAGGAACUGCUACCUGACUGCAGAUCUUACUGUCAAGGUGGGAGACUAUGGAAUUGGACCCUACAGAUACAAAGAGGAUUACAUCAUCACAGAGGAUGAUGUAUUUGCUCCUCUUCGCUGGUUGGCUCCUGAGCUGGUGGGUGAGCGCCAUGGGGGUGUGAUAACUAUGGAGCAGACCAAGUCCAGCAAUGUGUGGGCUUUGGGGGUGACAUUGUGGGAACUAUUUGAGAAUGCUGCUCAGCCUUACCCACAUCUGUCGGAUCGUGAGGUUCUCAAUCAUGUGAUCAAGGAACAACAAGUGAGACUCUUUAAGCCACAGUUGGAGCUACCUUAUUCUGACAGAUGGUACGAGGUCCUGCAGUUCUGCUGGCUGUCACCAGACAAGCGGGCUACAGCAGAGGAAGUGCACCGUUUGCUUAUCUACCUGCGCAUGCAAGGCCAGAAGGACAUAGAAGAAGAUUUUGAGCAACGCUGGGAUGCUCUCAAGCCUAACCCUUCCACACGGCAGACAACUGUUAGUCAUUCCUCUUUCCCUAUCUUGGAACAAUUUGCUGAUGAUGCCCUGCGACAAGAGAUUGAUGAAGUUCUCACUGUUACUGAAACUAGCAAAGGCCUCAGCUUUGAGUACGUUUGGGAGGCAGCUAAGCAUGACCACUAUGAUGGCAACCAUGGGCGCUCAGGCAUGGACACAACGUUGAACUACCACAGCAUGUUCUUUCCUGUUUCCAGAGAAGACAUCCAGGCCCAUUUCCCUGAUCCUGUAGCCACAGCAACAGGCACAGAAACUGGUAAUACUCCAUCGGGAAUACCUGGGAUUGUACCAGUGUUUGAUGCACAAAAGCCAUCUAAUGGAAAUGAAUAUUACAUACAACUAGAAGAACAAGGGGAGAGCACUGUUGGGGAAGAUGGGAAUAGAGGACAAGACAUGGACUUUAGUUCAGGCCGGCAAGACUUUGUUGUUCUCCAAGAUGUCCGUCUGGAUGAGUCUAGCACCGAUGCUGACUUUUUCCACCAAAGCAUCGACUCCAAGGAUUCCUUGUUACCAGACAGUCACAUCUGGUCAUCUCUUGAAAAUGACAGCCCAUACCACACCAACAUUUUCACAGAGGGAGAGUCCAAGCAAGAGGACUCCCCUUCCUGGGGACAGAGUUUUAUGGAGCUUCCAGAGCGCAAUGGGAACCCUUUCCAGGAAGGUGCAGCUUUAGAAGUCCAGGAGGCAGAUGAAGAAAAACGCUAUGGGGAUUCUUUUUUAGGGGAUUGUUCAGAAGCCACUCACCUGGCAGAUCCUGUGAAAGUAGAGAGGGAGAACAAAGAUGUGAUGAGGCUUCUGAACACUGAAAAACUAGCCGAAAACUUUAUGUUUCUCAAAAACCAGAACCUGAUGAAAGAUGGAUCCAGAUUCUCAAGUCCUCAGCAGAAUUUUCUUUCACCUGGCAUAGCCCAUGAACCAGAAGAAACAUUCAAAAUGACUUCUUGGGACAACCUUGAGACUUUAGGCAGCUUAAGCACAGCAGACACUCAUUCAAAACCUGCAGCAAGUAGCACAUCCCUAAGACAGGAACUUUUAGACUCUCCAAGUACCAGCUUGGGCGAGUUAAGUCAGUCUCUGGUAGAAAAUGAAACACUGGUGCCUUCCAUAACAAUUGUGACAGAAGAUAACACAAGCAACCAGCCGCCAGUUAGAAAUUGUUCUUCCACCGAAAACCUUGGUCUGCUGCAAUCCUCAGACAGAGGUGUGGACUCUGGUUUUGAUUCUACCUCAGAGAGGUUUGAGGUUAUCAUUAGUCAAACUGAUGACCACACCCCUGCAUUCUCUGAAAGUGCCACAGACUCAUUGUGCACAGAUGCCAAAAUUCCAAGCCUUGAAGACGACCUUGGAAACUCACAGGAUAGUUCUCAGAUCGUAGGAAGUAAAAUGCCUGAAAACCAAGCCUUGUUCUCAGACAAUGGACACAGUGAAGAUCUAACAAGCAACGAUCUGUUGAGUGAACUUAUUGAGGAUGCAGAUAUAGAACUGGAACCCUCUCUGUCUGACCAUGAAGAAUCCUUUAUAGAUACUAAUGGGCGACCUCUUGUGAGAUCUUCUCUGUUGGUCUCUGGGCCAUCUUUGGACCAGAUCAGCCAGGACAGCUUACUGGAAGACAGUAUGUCUACCACUCUACAAACUGUAGAUAAUUCAGCCGAGACACCGGACUCCCUCGACUCCCUUGACAUCCACAGGCUUGGGGAACAGGGAGAAGAGCUGAACAGUCAAAUAGCUCAACGCAAACUCCAGCCUCCAUACAAAAUAUCAGACAGUGGGUAUGAGACAGAGAACCUAGAGUCUCCUGAAUGGAAUUUUCAGCCUAAUGUCAAAGACCACUCCCCUGUAACAAAUGGCACGAGUGUUGCCAUAGAAGAAGAAGAGACCGAAGAGUGCACAGCUGUGACAAAUCUGGUUCCACCAGAAAUCAUCAUUUCUGAAGUAGAGGGUGUGCCGGAUGCUCAUAGUGAGGAUCCCAGUGAGGUUCAGCAGCCAGAUCACAUAGCUCCUGCUGAGGAACCACUCAUGGGCAGUAAUUACAGAGACUCUGCCUACUUCUCAGACAAUGAAUCAGAACCUGAGAAGAAGUCUGAAGAAACAGCUGGAGGUUCUGCUGAAGGCGCGUGGCUGAGGAACUCGACCGACGAGGACAGCGGGCCUUCUGGAGGUCCGGCACUGGAGGUUAACAAGGAGGGAGAUAUAGAUCCUUCAUUGUCUCAGCAAAAAUCUUCUGUAGCUGCUGAAGCACAGGCUGAGGUUGGAGAAACACCUGAUACUCAUGUUAGGGUCAUGCCAGGGGCAGAUUCAGAUAUUGCGGAGAAAUCUGAGAGGGAGGCGACCAACAGCCAUAAUGAAGAUGGAAACAAAUCAGAGUUUUUCAAGGACGUAACAUCUCCUGAUCAGCCAGACCCAUCAGAAGAUCCAGAAACCUCAACUCCCCUUCCUUCUCCUACCCCAUUAAAGCCAGUGCCAGAGAGCACAGUUCACGCUAAACUAACCAGGACCUACGCCAGUGAUGGUCAUAAAAUAAAAGAGCCUGACAUGGAGGGGCGUUACCUGGGGAGGCGAGAUGGUUCGGGUUUAGAUGUACAGGAGGAUGGCGUGGAUGCUGACGAGGAGGACGAGAACAGCGAUGACUCUGACGAUGAUGUUCGCGCAUAUCAGCUACGCAGCUCCAGCUCAGAAAGCGAGGAUGAUGCCGUGCAUACAGUGCCGCUUAUUGUCUCAGAUGACAAUAGCGCAAAGAACUUGAAGAGCUUGUUGAAACCAGCCACCCUGAACAUCGAGGCAUCGUCUUCUCUAUUUCCUGCAAGGUCCAUUGCAGAUAACUCCAGAAGAGCUGUGUCCUUCUUCGAUGAUGUCACUGUCUACCUGUUUGACCAGGAGACUCCCACCAAGGAACUGGGUGACCACUCUUCAGGCUCAAACGGUCAGGUACCAGAGUUCAGCAGCCCAGUGCCCACCGCCAGCUACCUGAACCGGUUCGCCAACUCUGAAAGCUCCACAGAUGAAGAAGGUGGUGGUUUUGAGUGGGAUGAUGACUUUUCCUCUCCUGCACCUGCCUUCCUGCCCAAGACAGAUAAAGACCCAGCGUCUAAGGCUAUGUCCUCAUCUGCAGCAUCUCGCUUUUCCUCUCCGCCCCCUGUAGCAGGGCGUGUGCUGGAGCCCAGCUGGACCAGCUCAUCAAACUACUCCCGGUUUUCCAUCUCACCCGCGAGCAUCGCUAGCUUCUCCCUUACACAUCUUACCGACUCCGACAUUGAACAAGGAGGAAGCAGUGAAGAUGGAGAAAAAGAUUAGUGCGAUAAAUGAAGGGACCAUUUAUCAUCAAACUACUGGGAAACUAGAAAAUGUGCUCAGUAGAGCGCAGACCUCUGCCAAGGCCAGUGUCAAGGAACAUAUACCAGACUUCAGCGGAAAAAAUUCAAAUUCAUAGUAAAUGAUCCUGAUCUGCCCCGAAAUUUAACGGGUUCUUCCCUGGCCCAUGCCCCAAUCCUUCCACCGAGUUCAGUGCAAAUCAGUUCAGUACUUUUUGUGUAAUCCUGCUGAAAAAUAAACAAACCAACUGACCAACAACAAAGAGACAGACAUAGGUGAAAACAUAACCUUCUUGGCGGACGUAAUGAACCUAUACUCGCACUCUUUGGGGAUGGAGAACGGCUGAAUAAGGACAAAUGACGCGGCAUAUGGGGAAAACCGUGGAUGCUUCUCUCAGGCAGAACUGUUUCUCAUGGAGUUGGCCAUGAGAACAAAGGCUGUAAACUGACAUUCAGCAAAUAAGACAGACAAGGCCCAGUCCCAGUCUGAGCCACAUCACCUCUCCAGCUACAUCAGUAUGUGUGAUUUCAGUUCAGUGCAAUUCCACUUUGGAAAAAGAAAAAGAAAACAACUUAAAAACGGGCCUAGCUUCUAAAUGUUUGCUUUAAAGACUCAUCAAGCGCAUUCCAAGUGUUUGGCUGCUUCUUUUUGUUGUGUGUCUAAGUGCACUCCUUCUCCAGGAAUUUUGCAUCACCAAAAAAAAAAAAAAA